AUGGAAGUGGCAGACGGUGGUAGUGGCAGACUAAGGUGGUGGCAGACAGUGGUGGAAGUAGACGGUGGUCAAAGGGUGGUGGUGGUGGCGGACGGUGGUCAAAGGGUGGUGGUUGUGGAAGAUAUUCUUAAGCAAAUGGGAAAGAGGGAAACCAUUGUUUUAUCAUCAUCGGAUGACGAUGGUGACUGUAAUGAUAAUGAUUUUGCAUCAAAGUCGAUUUUGAAGUAUUUCAAGAAGCCGAAAUCGGGAGCAGCUUCUGUUCCUCGAACUAACACCAAGGGUCCAAUUCCAAAGAAAGCUCGAAUUUCCAGUUCUCGUUCGCAUCCAGGCAAAAGUUCUAAUCCAUUUGACGAGAUGAAAGAGUUCUGUGAGGAUUUUGGUGAAGGCUUUACUGGGUUCAAGGUAUCUGCUGGUCAUAAACGAGACAACAAAGAACUAUGGGUAGACAAGUAUAAGCCUCGCUCUUUGCUAGACUUAUCUGUUCACAAAAAGAAAGUUGAAGAGGUUAAAAUCUGGCUUGAAGAAAGACUCAAACUGAAAAACAACAAUCAUUACAAUCAUGUUCUUGUCAUAACUGGACUUCCUGGAGUUGGAAAAUCUGCAACUGUUGAAGCAAUUGCUUCCAAUCUUGGAGCCACAAUAUACGAAUGGAACACACCUACUCCCACAAUUUGGCAAGAACACAUUCAUACAACCAAUGCAGGGUUGCGUUACAUGUCAAAGUUAGAUGAAUUCGAGAAUUUUGUUGAGAAAAUAAGAAAAUACGGAUUAAUUUCUUCUUCAUUAACUAAAGAACCACAAAAGAAACCCUUUCUUAUCUUGAUUGAUGAUCUUCCAGUUACAAAUGGAAAGAUUUCUUAUGAUCAGACACAGCUGAUUACACCUCAAGAUGCUGGGAAGAACUUCAAACAUCUCUUCAAAAUGCAGGAGCUUUUAAAGUUGCUUUCAAUCCAAUCACAGCAAACUCCAUCACAAAAAAUGCUUUCAAGAAUUUGUAGGGAAGAAAAACUUAAAACAAAAGCUGAACAGAUUGAUGCUAUAGCUAAAGCAAGUGGAGGUGAUAUCAGAAACGCAAUCACAUCUUUACAGUACUUCAAUCUGAAAUCCAAUUCCAAGGGUAUUUUCGUCAAUUCCAAUUGUUUAGAUGAUGGGUACUCUUUAUCAUGUGGCAGAGAUGAAACUCUCUCCCUGUUCCACGCCCUCGGGAAAUUCCUCCACAACAAAAGAGAAACAGAGAACGCAACUGCAUCUGUCUCUUUAAAGGAGGAAUUUACAAGAUUGCCCAUGAAAAUGGAUGUACCAGAGAAGGUCCUUGGUCAAGCACAUGGUCAAGCAAGACCUAUUGCUGAUUUCCUACACGAAAAUGUUUUAGAUUUUGUUGAAGAGGAAGGAAUAGAUGAUGCAUGGGUUGUAGCUUCAUAUUUAAGUGAUGCUGACUCACUUCUUGCUUCAUUAAAUGGAAUAAGAUCAAGAAGUUAUGAAGCUGAGAAUCUCAUCCAAUCAACUGCUGCUUCAGUUGCUGUUCGUGGGGUCAUGUUUGGAAAUCGUCACCCUCUAUCUUCAAGGUGGCAUGCCAUUCGUCGUCCGGUGAUGUGGCAAGUUGAACAAUCACAAUGGCGCAACAAGAAGGAGAUGAUUGGGGAAAGAUGUGUUGGUGGGUAUAAUGGUGUGAGUUUAUCUGAUCUUUCAGUGAUUGCAACUGAGUGGAAACCGGUUAGUAAGUGGUUGGGUGGAUCAAUGGUUGAUAAUAAUGACUUUGAUUUGGAUCAUUUUGAGGAGAUUUGUGAUGAUGAUGAUGAAAUUGAAGAUUGGUAGUUUUUAGGGGGUAAAUUUUGAGAGAAAGCAAAAGUUUGGGUUAGUUUUUGUAAAUGGUGUAAAUUUAUG